CCUGGUGGUGACUAUAAAGCAACACAACAACACUGUGGAUUUGGACCCAAACUCUUGCUUUUUAAAUGUGUAUGGUUAUAUUUGCUCCGAUUUUUGCCAUCUGUGCUUUUGCGACAUGUGGAGGAUACCAUGGUCAUCUCCAGGUUAAAGUUGACUGUGCAGACAGGAGGCAGAGUAACCUCAGCAUCAACAUUGAUUUUAAUUAUCCUUUCCGAUUACAGCAGGUGCAUUUCAAAGCGACCUUGUGCGAGACGAAAAGAGAGGAGGUUCUCUUCCUGGAUGGAGACUCUUCUUUGGCUGCUCAGUUUUUCGUGACUGUGGGUGUCUUUGCCUUCCUGUACUCUCUGCUAGCAACCGUUGUCUAUGUGUUCUACCAGAACAAGUACCUGAAGAACAACAGAGGUCCACUUGUGGAUUUUAUCGUGACCGUCAUCUUCUCCUUCAUGUGGCUCAUCAGCAGCUGCUGUUGGGCCAAAGCUCUCUCUGAUAUCAAGACAGCCACAAACCCAACGCAGCUGCUUCUGCUCAUCUCAGCAUGCAGAGCUCAGGAAAACACAUGCACGGCUACCGAGGAGCCUCUUUGGUCACGUCUUAAUACGUCUGUGGUUUUUGGUUUUGUCAACGUCGUCCUCUGGUUCGGAAACAUUUGGUUUGUCUUCAAAGAGACAGGCUGGUACAAGACAGGUCAGAGAUACCCGACCAGGACGGCGUCUGGGAAACGCUCCAGUGAGAUGCGACAGCGGCUCUACAGCGAGAGCAGCUUUGACCAGCCGGAGGAGAGCCUUGGUCCACACUACUCCAGACAAGAGAGUUUCAAUCAGUCAAAGGGGGAUAUCGGUCAGCACCUCCCCAGGCAAGCGAGUCUCAACCAACCACAAGUAAGCUUCAGCUUACCACAGACAUAUCUUGGCAAACCUGUAACUCAUGACAGGGAGAAUAGAGUGGCUUCUCAGGGGCCGAUGAUAUUUGUCAAUGAGAUGUGAUUUUAAUGAGUGAUUGACAGUGUUGUGAAAAUAAUUGUUAAUAUACUGUAGAGAAGUGUAUUGUAGAUUAAAUCUGACUAAAAACUGAAUAUACGGUAUAUAAGGAAAAUAGAGACAUAAAUAAUGUUACUGAUGUGAAUUUGUUUUUCUUUUUGUGUGCUCCCUCUGGAUAAUGUGAUGUACUUGAGGGCUCGUCCUGAUGAUUCGAGGUCCUGCCACAAUACACAAUGAAGACAUUUGAAUAAAGUUUUAUUGGCUAUAAGGAAUAACAUUUUUCAUUUUUGCAUAUUGCAUAUUCUUACCUGUACAUGACAGCUUUUGUUUCCUUUUGACACAAAAAGAAGAGGAAAAGCAUUAUAUAUUAUUUUUAGUCAGUGCUUAGUUUGUUUCAUGUAACAAUAAUGUAUAUUAUGUGCAGUAUAAUUACAGAAAUAGCUGUACCAGAUCUAAAAACAAAAAAAUCUUUACUGUUUGAAUUGCAUGUGUUAUUCGUUUGUAUUUAUUGAUGGUUUCCUGGUAUAAUAACUGUUUUAAAAUGAAAGUGGAUAUUGUUAAA